AUGGAGGCUGGCUCCAGCGGCUUCCGGACAGGAAGGACAUGUCACGAGGACAUGCUGCUGACCUCCACUCCGGGCAGUCUGGAGACAGUGUCUCCGAGCUGCGUCGCGGGCUCAUCCUCAGCUCUGCAGCCUGGGUGCCUAACAGCGAGUCUUGUCUUCGCAGGCGAGGAACGGGGACGCUGCUUCACCAUAGAAUACGUGAUGCCUAUGAACACCCAGCUGACAUCUGAGUCCACAGUCAACGUGCUAAAGAUGAUCCGCUCGGCCACGCCGUUCCCUCUGGUCAGCCUCUUCUUCAUGUUCAUCGGGUUCAUCCUGAGCAACAUUGGCCACAUCCGCCCCCACAGGACCAUCCUGGCCUUUGUCUCUGGCAUCUUUUUUAUCCUCUCGGGCCUGUCUCUGGUGGUGGGCCUGGUGCUCUACAUCUCCAGCAUCAACGACGAGCUGCUCAACAGGACCAAGGACGCAGAGAGUUACUUCAGCUACAAGUACGGCUGGUCAUUCGCCUUCUCUGCCAUCUCCUUCCUUUUAACAGAGAGCGCUGGGGUCAUGUCCGUGUACCUGUUCAUGAAGAGGUAUACCGCAGAGGACAUGUACAGGCCUCACCCCGGCUUCUACCGCCCGAGGCUCAGCAACUGCUCCGACUACUCGGGCCAGUUCCUGCACCCGGACGCCUGGGUCCGAGGCCGCAGCCCCUCCGACAUCUCCAGCGACGCCUCCCUGCAGAUGAGCAGCAACUACCCAGCCCUGCUCAAGUGCCCCGACUAUGACCAGAUGUCCUCCUCCCCGUGCUGAGCCCGCCGCCUCCCUCCACGGCCGGACAGACAGACGGACAGCCCCUCCCGCGCCCCCUGCCGGCCCCCGGUGAAAGGCCCAGGCUGUCCCCAAGCUUUGCUGUAGCUACCUGGCCCUUGUGUCCCCCUGCCACCCCCACAGCGCUUCUGCCCGCCCUAGGGUGGCGUCAGGAGGCUGGAGCCAGCGGGCAAGCUGAUUGGCUGAGAGCCCGAGUGUGGCCACACACACACACACGCUCCACUUGAUGCCCAUCAGCAAUGUCUGGAGCCAGUGCUGCCCCUUUCCCGGGAGAGGUGGGUGUCCCAGCCAUGUGUCCACCCUGUAUACCCGACCUCAUGGUGCCUGGCCAACGCCAGCGUGUAGAUGCCAGUUUCUUGCCCAGACCCAGCUGGACUGCACGCCUGCCAACUGGCGUCCACUCCCCGGCCUGGCCUCGGGAAGUGGCUGGUGCAGAGCCCUCAGCUGUGCUCCCUGGGGAGUCUUGCGCCCUUCGUCACCUCUGUCCCUCCAUCCCGCUGUGUCUGCUUGCUCUCCACCUCCCCCACCCACAGCUUCUCCCUGCAGAGCUCAGCCACCAGGACCUUUCAGGCCCAGUGUGGGUCUGAUGGCGACUUGACAAGUCACAGGGGUGUUAAUGGUGGGUGGUGACUUACUGGGGGUGGCCCCUCGGGGACACAUUGAAAGGGACCUUUAAUGCCUUAACCCCAGGAAGUGACUCGACCAUGAGAAUUCCAGGAUCUGGCUGAUGUGUUCAUUUCCCGGCCCCGGGGAUACCCUCCCUGUUCCAGGGGUAACACUUUCAGUGCAAGACCCUAAAACCGAAUGAUGCAGACAGGUCUACCCCACCUAUGCGGCUGCCUGGGAUUUGGAGCUAGAUUUGCCGACGCCAUCUUGAGCCUAAGUAAACCGGACCCUGAGGAGGCUGUGAGCACUGGGCCAGCUCACUCCCGCCUAGGUGCUUCCUGGAGCGGGAUACACGUUGGCAAAUGGAAACCUCCAGAAUGCGGGGCAGCACAAUGCCCACAAGAGGCCCGUUGUCCUGGCAGGAAACCUCACCUGGGCGUAGGAAGCACCAUGGGGCAGUCCACGGUGGUGUGGAAGGGUCACUGAAAGGUGGGGCCCCCAGUUUACGAACCUCUCCUCAGCUUGUACUUUUGGGGGUUUGCAGUUUGAAGGGGUACCACCUCCUGGCUCUCUGGAGUGCACUCUUGCCGGGCCAGCUUCUCUCUCUGGCCUUGAGCUCUCGGCUGUCGGUAGAUUGUGACUGCACCAGUCACGGGUGGGGGUGGGGGCUUGAGGGCCCCAGAAAGCAGUACAGAACAUGCACUCUGGGGGGUCCCCGGGUCAGUGCCCCCUCGCGAGAAGCCACAGGUCAGGGCCUUAAACAACAUACUUUCAUUUUCUCAUGGUCCUUGGAGGCCAGACGCCUGAGGUCAAGGCCUCUCCUUGGCCAGCAGCUGGCUUCCCUGGGUGUCCUCGCGUGGCCAUGCCUCUGUUCACACGUCCCUGUGUCCAGGUUCCCUCCCAGGAGGCCGUCUGUCCCCAGCAUCGCCUGGUUAAAGACCUGCUCUCCAAAUGGUCACAAUCUGAUGGUUUGGAGGGUUUCACCACAGGAAGUGGGGAUGAAGGAGCUGGGGGGUGGGGGUGAGGGCACCCUGAAUAGCUGGAUUAUCCUGCUUGCUUCUGGGCACAAGAAGGGAAAGGAAGAGGCUGCUUUCUGGUCCCAGGUCAACCGCCAACCCACGUAGAUCCUCCCCCUCUGUCUGAGGGGCUGAGCCCAAAUUACUUCCAACCCCACCCCACACACUCCCAACUCUAGCGAUUCGGCCUCAUGGAGAAAGUCCCAGAUGGCUCCCGUGUGGCUUUUCAUCCCGUGCCAGUAAACCGAUUGCCAGUGGCAAGCCCCGACUCUGUGUUCCAUUGGGUCUCCUGGCUGCUGUGGACAGAAAGAUACAGAAGCCGUGUCCCCCCAGAAGUGGGGAGUGUGGCUGGAUGGGUACUCAGAGGGGCUUGGGUCCCGUCUUUGUCAGGGCAAUCUGCUCCCGAGGUGACCUUCGUCCCUAAUGCUCCCUUCCUCCCCACCCAGGCCCAGUGCCAGGCUCACUUCUGUGCACACGGAGACCUAGAAUGCACCCCUCAGUGACGGUUGUCACAACGUCCUUUGGCCGGGCUUUUCUCAGCCCCCAUGCUGAGUUGCUGAGUCCCACCGCCCCCCAUGCCCAGAACAUGAAUGGACACUUACCUUAGCAGUCUGGGGUCUGGGCCAUUUUCGUCCCUCCUUGGGGGAGACGGCUGUACCAAUAAUUGUGUAACUGUCACUGUUUUCUUUCUUUCUAUAAAUUCAUCUCAGAACUGAGGCUUCUUUGCAGCCUCUCUAUACUCAAAAGGUUUGUAUCAGCUAUUAAAGUACAGAAACUCAACUCGGAAAUCAGACCUUAGGGCUCC